AUGGGAACAACAGAAGAUCUCAUCAGAUUUGAUAUUUUGCCUACUCAGCCCUUAUCCGUAAUGCCUGAAAUAUGUCUGUAUCACGAGAGAGAGCUAGAAGUAUUGGAAAUCAGAUUAGCAGCCUUACUCAUGUGUAUUAUUUGGGAGCAAGGAUACAGACACUUAUCUCAGCAGAAAGACCUGUCUUUUGGAAAUACUAUAUUACUUUCUUAUCUUAUAGAAUCUUGA